AUGGCCGUGGAUGUGGGGAAGUCGCCUUUCGAAGCCUCACUGAGCGGGAAGGUCAAGGGCGGUGGUAGGUGGGACUGCGCAGAGGUGGAGACGGAUGACCUGGAGCGAGCAGACAGCCUGUGCCGGCUUGUAGGGGCAGAGGAAGCCAAGCCCUGCCUGCAAGGGACGGAGAGCGCGGCAGUGAGCAGACACCAUUGCUCGACCACUGGUGGUACCCAGGGAGGUCUGAGCUACCACCAAGAAGUGUCUCCAGCAUCCGCAUCCGGGUUUCCCAGAGCACGAACAAGCCUCUCGGAGACAGAGACAUUAAUUUAUAGAGCCGCCAAUGGCGAAGCAAAUGGCCUCUCCAAAGAGCCGUCCCGAAGCUUGCUGGCCAGCGCAGAUGUGCCUUCUCCUGCUGGCACGGCCGCCCGGGACCCGUGCCGUCGGUGGGGUGCAACGGAAGGCAGAGUGCUGCGGGCACGAGACCCCCUCAGUCCUCUGCUCAAUGACCACCCCAUUGUGGAGCGCAUCAGGGAUAUGGCGUCCUACCAAGCCGAUUACUGGGCGUGUGUCAUACCAGAUUCGUUACCCCCAUCUCCGGACCGUAGCUCGCCCCACUGGGACCCCAAUAAGGAGUACGAGGACUUGCUGGAUUAUGCUUAUCCUCUGAAGCCAAGAAACAAGCUGGGAAAGAUGCCGGAGCCUUUCCUCCACGACUCGGGAAUAGGUUUGGACAGCUUUUCCGUGUCCCCCGAGGGUACGUCAAGGUCCACCAGCAUCUAUGGCCGAGGUGGGCGGGCUCGGGGAAGCGGAGAAAAUGGACGUUGGGGGUUUGGGGUCUCUGCACAGAGGUUCUCUACCCUGGGGCCUGGAAAAAGAGGCUGCUCAGGAGCUGGCUCAUACUAUGAACCUUUACCUAUUGCAAAAACAUCCUUCACUCAGAGUGCUUCCCCUCGUCCUUUCAGAGGUUUUGCUAAGGAUGUAACGACGAAGUCAGCUGGGCAGGAUUCAUCUGGCCGCCCUGCUGUGGAUGGGAGGAGCUGGUGUACUGGAGGGAGCCCCUCUCCAAACUACAAAGGGCAGGCGAAAAGCACUGGUAGGUUUUUACCUACAACCGCAGUGCUGCCCCUGAGGAAGGAGUGGGAGGGCGAUGAAGAAUUUUUCUCCCUGCCUCCGAGACUGCGAGAGCUGGAAAGGCUGGCUCAGAUUUUGUCUGAUCUUUCCGUAACUAUAAGGACACCUGGGCUCGACCACCAAAACCUUCCACAUCACAGCAAUGGCAGGCAGCCCUGUUCGUCUGCGUUGUCUCCUUUUGGAGAAUCGGGUGGCAGGGACAAAAGAGGGAAUACUGAGGGGUAUGCUGGGCUGUGGCACCCCUGCAACUCUCAAAAGCCCAGCUGGGAAAACUCGGAAUCGUGUGGCCGGCUCCACAGGGAUCCUCUGCGAGGACUUCACCUACCAACCGGUCUCAGGGACACGUUGGAUGGGACGUACCUAAAUGAACCCCGGGACAGAGGGCAUCUGAAGAAGAGCCAGCAGAGCGAGUCCCUUGCCCAGUGUGUUAAGACGUUUUGCUGCCAGCUGGAGGAGCUAAUUUGUUGGCUGUACAAGGUCGCAGACAUCACCGACAGCUGGGUCCCAGCCUCGCCCGAUGCGCAGAGUGCGAAGGCAUCGCUGCGCCGCUGCUUGGAGUUCAGGAAAGACGUGGCUGACCACCGGAGCCUGACAGAGAGCGUGCUGGAGAGGGGAGAAGCUCUCCUCGACUGCAUGGCGUCAAAUUCGCCAGCUCUGAAAGACACGCUGAGUUUGAUUGCGAAACAGUCAGAAGAGCUGGAAAGCCAGGCGGAGCAUUUGUACGAGUCCGUUCUAGCUGCUGCGGGUCCCACGCGGGGCAAGGACAGGGUGGAGGACAGGGGGCUGCAGCAGACGGCUGCUCAGUGGGUGCUAGAAGCCAAGAAAUAG